AUGCUUUUAUGUUUCAGAUUUGGGAACCAAUCAAUGAAAACAGAGAACUUUACUCUCAUCACUGACUUUGUUUUCCAAGGUUUCUCCAGCUUCCGUGAACAGCAGAUCACCCUUUUUGGAGUGUUCCUUGCACUAUACAUCUUAACCCUAGCAGGCAAUACCAUCAUUGUGACCAUCAUCCGAAUAGAUCAUCAUCUUAACACACCCAUGAACUUCUUCCUGAGCAUGCUGUCCUCUUCAGAGACUGUAUAUACAUUGGUCAUUCUCCCAAGGAUACUCUCCAGCCCCGUAGGUAUGAACCAGCCCAUAUCAUUGGCAGGGUGUGCCACACUGAUAUUCUUUUUUGUAACCUUUGGCAUCAUUAACUGCUUCCUGCUCACAGCAAUGGGAUAUGAUUGCUAUAUGGCCAUCUGCAACCCCCUGAGAUAUGCGAUCAUUAUGAACAAGAAGGUGCGUAUCCAGCUUGUCCUGGGGGCCUGCAGCAUUGGGCUGAUUGUAGCAAUAACACAAGUGACAUCUGUAUGUAGGUUACCCUUCUGUGCUAGAAAGGUGCCCCACUUCUUCUGUGACAUCCGACCUGAGAUGAAACUCUCCUGCAUUGACACCACUGUCAAUGAAAUCCUGACUUUGAUUAUCAGUGUGCUGGUGCUUGUUGUACCUAUGGGUCUGGUUUUCAUAUCUUAUGUUCUCAUUAUCUCUACAAUCCUCAAGAUUGCUUCAGUUGAGGGCCGGAAGAAGGCUUUUGCCACCUGUGCCUCCCACCUCACUGUGAUCACUGUCCUAGGCUGGGCCUCCAUUGCCUACCUCAAGCCCAAGUCAGAGAACACCAGAGAUCAUGCACUGAUCUCAGUGACCUACGCUGUCAUCACUCCCCUACUGAACCCUGUGGUAUAUACCCUGAGAAACAAAGAGGUCAAAGAUGCUCUGAGCAGAGCUGUAGGUGGGAAGUUUUCCUGA